AUGCCUGAAAAAAUGAAGCUGUGGGUACAUGACUUAAUAAGGAUAAAGGCCAAAUGGGAUGAUGUAAAAGACGCUAUUGUUAAGAUAGUAAAUGCUAAAAAUAAUGACAAAACAAAAAUUAGCCAGUUAAGAAAUAUUAAACAAGGCGAAAAAGAAAUCUUGAGAAGAUACGCAAGCAGAUUUGAAGACCUUGCUGAGGCCCUGAAGGGUAAAAUAAGACAAUAUGAACAACAAAAUUGGUCUGCAAAGGUGUUUCCGCGACAACAUGGAGAAAAAUAA